AUGUUCCACGAGGUCCAACGAUCCAUCAACUACCACAUCCGCCAAGAGUCUUGCGAUCGCUCCUACAAAUCCAACGAGAAUGGAAACGGCAUGAUUGUCGUCCUCACCCUGCCCAAGCCUAUUCCCAAGUUCGGCGAGUGGCGCCUCAACGUUGAGCAGGUCAUCAGGGACAACAUGUGUAAGAGGGGCCCGAGCUCAACUACUGGGUCAACGAACGCUUAUAUCUAUGCCACAAGCCUCCCUGUCGAGUCUAGCACGAUCAACAUCGGCUAUCGCGCCGAGAACACUCCCACCAUCGUCAACCAGGAUGUAGCCACCCUCGCCUCAGGUAGGGACAACAACUCUAUAGAAGGUCUAGAAUCCUUCGGCAGCUGCCCACCUGCUCUUGGUGAGGAUCAUACCUGCGACAACGUCAACAAGUCCCCCAUUGAGUCUGUUGACGUAGGCUGCUCCUACGUCUCGUACCAGGGUAAGAGCGGCAAGUUUCUUGACUACAAGAUUGCCAUCAGCCCAACGGGCCAGGGCAGCCGAUGCUGGUGCGACCAGCUCCUUGCCGCCGUCCGCGCUCGCUGUUCCAAAGAAGAGUUGAACCAGGGCUAUUCGCUCAUCAACUGCAACUCCAAGCACAUCCGCAGCAAGCUGGGAUAUGGUGUGUACAUCAACUUGCGCAACAACGCUUGGGAUGUUGGCGUAGACAGCCGCGGCUGCAUCGAGGAGGCCAUUGAGUACACUACCUGCGGCAUCCCCACUCAGUUUGACAGGGGCGGACGUUUUGAGGACAAUGAAAAGGACGGAUAUUGGUACGAACAAAGAGUAACAAGUUCAUGGUGA